CUAAUGUUUACGGUGAAAAUGGUGUGUUUCACCCCCGAAAAAUGCUGGAGCCCACUUAAUUUUCGCAACGCGAACUUUCUGCUCAUCCAACGAUCUGCCCGAGACAAUCAAUCACUUAUCCUACACUGAGCGAUGCUAUCCGGAAAUCGAGUCGCAUUACUCACACGAAGAAGAAGACAGUGAAAAGGAGUAUGGCAGCCAUGGUGAAGUUCUCUGCUUUUCUGGUCUUCAAACUUUUGCGUGCCAUAGUUCGUCGAAAAUCAAAGUGAGAGUUUCGUAAUACGUGAAUUCCGUUUAAACUGUUGAUCGAGAUUGCAAAGACGUUCGAGUGGAGUGGAUCGUGUUGCAGUGAAGUGGCCUAAGAACAGAUUAAAUACGGACUGUCGUCAGACUGGUGCUUUUCUGCAAAUAAACAAUUAUUGACGAAAUUACGGACGUAGCUUUGAAAACAAGAGUGGAAAAGAGCUUAGAGUGUCGGUGGACAGUGCAAGGAGCGGAUCCUGGGCGAUUUCAGGCAGAGGUAGUCGGGGCGGAUUAUAAUUAGCAGAAAUUCGGUCGAAUGCAGUGGCCAAGAGUUGUGGGCUGCCUGUUGGAGGUGCGCUAAUCUGUGGCAUAAUUCGGAAGGUUUUGGCAUUACACGAUUGCAGCUAGCAGAACGCUUUGCGCAAGAGAGGAAUUUUUGGAAAGGAAAUCUUCGUGAGCGAGGCAAGAACCAUUAAUAGCGCUCGGUGCAGUGUCUGUCGGUCUUGUACGUUUUUUGCGCUCAACUUUGAUCGAAUGCGCUAGAAGGAGAUGCAAUUACAGUGACAAGAUCUGUCAGAGGCUGCAAUCGGAGUUUGUGGGGGCAUCGCGGAGUGCGGGGCAGGCGGAGCGCGAGCGGACAGGCGGCGGCGGCGGCAACAGGCCACCGAGCGAGUGCAGCUGGACGGCGCCAGGACCCAGGACGGACCCCGGUCGGCUACGCGGACUCCCCGCAUAUGGGGCGCGUUUGACAGCGAGUGAACGGAAUCAGUGCAAAGUCGGGAAUGGUGACAAAAAGUGAGCAAGCAGUUGCCGCGCGUGAGUAGUUGUGCGGUGCACGCGUGCGGACAGCCCCAGUGGACUAGUGUGCGUGACUGCCGUCAUUGAGAAACGUCAAAUCCAGUUCCGCCGCUGGUCGUAUGUGCGUGGUAGAGAGAAUUCGGUCUUGCGGUAGCGGAAGGAUGAUGGAUUAAUAUCACUUGCAUUGUGCGAGCGAGGCGGCCACACGUACUCGCCCGAAGGUCGUGCGCGCGAGAGGGACAGGCUACGUACGUCAAGUGUACACGGUCCCUGCCACAGUUUACGAAGAGCAAUCAAGCGCCCGCAGAUUCGUACGUGAAAACUUGAAAACAAAUUGACUCACCGCGUCUUUCUCUCUCCCCUGCAGCUUGGCACGUUUGACGGCUCGGAGCAAGCAGACGGACAGCAGGAAGUGUCGAGGAAGCCACAGCGGGAGGACAUUGCUGACAGGCCGGGUCCGGACGGUACCGCGGCCGACGACGAUUUGGACCGCACCAGGCGCGGUUCGACAUGUCGGAUAAGAUAGACUCGAUAGACCCCCUUGAAUUGGAAUCCCGCAUCACCAAAGUCACUCCCUUCUCGGGCAAGCAAGCCCUGAAGCACACAAACUGCCAGAGCAUCCCAAGUACGCUGAUGUCCUAUGGUCACAGCCAGGCGACAGCUAGUUCGAAUUCGUCGCAACCAGACGGGAAGCAUCAUCACCAUCACCACCACCAUCAUGGUCAUAACCAUCACCAGCCGCACGUCAUCCACAGGACGACCAGCGAGAGCCUAAGAUUGGGCAGCGAAAACCCAAGAGUGAACAGCGAAAUCAACAAUACGGAAAGUAGUUUGAGCCUAAGCAACUCGACGUCGAUUAGUAGCAGCAGCGGCGGCAGCGCAACCGGCACCGGUACCUCUAGUAGCGGCGGUGGCAAUCAGCCUUUACUAAGCGCUUCAAUGCCUCGAAAACCGAAAACCUCCUCCUUCCAGAUCACCUCCGUGACUGUGGGAAACAAACUGAGCGCGGACAACGGGGAGGACUCUGCCGACGAUCUGGACGAAUCUCACACCGACGACAAUAGUCGGAUUACGGACAUGGAGAACGAGACGCCUAGCUUUUCAGAGGACACGUUUUCAAAGGAGGACGUGUUCUUCUCAAACAGUGCCUUGGGCACGGCACCAGUCAUUCCGACCAGCUCGCAAUAUGGGCUGGUCAUCGUGGACUCCGACCUUGGCGGGGUCGGCGGCCAGCCAGGACAGAACCUUUCGAACGUUCACGUUAGUAUGACUGACGCCGGAAUAAACAUUGUCGGCCCGCCGAGCGGCAAAGGCGACAGUGACCAAAAGGACAUGCAUCACAGAAAUGAACGAUUCAAAGUAGUGAAAAUCGAGUCAACGGAACCUUUCAAACGGGGCCGCUGGAUGUGCAUGGACUACCUAGAUCACAGCACAUUGCAGGGCUCGGAUAGUGCAGCAAGCACGACUAGUAACACUGCACCGUCAACGGCGCAAGCAGGCGUGACCAACGACAGUGGAGUGGUUAUAGUAGAAAACAAUACCGACGUAGGCUCUGAAUCUGCGGAAUCGAACGCAAUGUACAACACAGGAAUGAGUAAUAUAAUGUCGAAUGCCACCCACUCGCCUGGUCAGACGUUGCAAAAACCGCUAGCGGAGCAACAAUCGCAGCCUUUAGGUAGUAAUAUAUCGAACGUGCCAUCUGGCAUGAUACCCCAAUCGACAGCAUCCAUGCCGAACACGGUCCCCGCAAGUGCUUCACAGGCAAACAUGGUUUGCCAAAACUAUUCACAGCCCCAAAUGCAUCAAUCGCUUCCACCCCAACAGUAUCAGCAAACACCUCACAUGCCAGGCCAAUCGCAGCCUGCACAUUUCUAUCAAAACAACCAGCAAAGCCAGUCGACAGCCCCCAACAUACACGGAGCCACCCUUCCUUCCAACAUGAGCAUACAAAACGGAGUCCCUGCAAAUUUCGUGCCGCAAGUACAGCAACAGUCCCAAGCGCCAACGCAACCGAUUUCAACAGUGAAUGUCGGAAUGAGCGCUCCUGCCAGUUGUGCUGAUCAAAACCAAGCCGCCAACAUUGUAACGUCAAUGCCCCCAGCCACAAUGGGCCAACCCACUUCGAUUUCCCAGCCAACAUCCAUGGCACAGGUGAUUACGCAAUCGCAACAGCCUGAGGUCUACAUACCGCAACCGGCCGCGCAAUCGUACGCUGGAUCGGGAAUUCCAGUGACAAGCAGUGCAUCGGCCAUUCCGAUGGAUAUUCACCACGCCGACAUGAACUCUGUGCAACAGCAGCAACAACAACCUCCAGCCGUUGGAGGUUUGGCCGUUGCCGCAAACACAACUCCCCAAGCUAUUUCACCUGCUGUUGAGACAAUGAUGCAGCAACAGCAACAACAGCAGCAGCCCCAGACAAAUCAAUCCCCGCUACAGAAUAUUGCUGCAAUUAGUCAAGAGAGUGUUCCACCAAUGACAAUAAUAAACGAAGCAUCAUCGACUGUUUCCACGCCCCAACAAGCGCAAGCUUCGUCCACGGCAAGUGUCCCGGGACAGCAGCAGUCCAAUGUCAAUAGCGAAGAAGAUCAAGCGGCAGCUUUAGAGGCAGACAGUGAAAGUGCAUCUGGAACAAGCGCGGUCGCUAUCGACAAUAAGAUUGAACAAGCUAUGGAUCUUGUGAAAUCUCAUUUGAUGAUUGCUGUCCGGGAAGAAGUGGAAGUCCUUAAGGAGAAAAUCGCCGAACUGAUGGAUCGUAUUAAUCAAUUGGAAUUGGAAAACACAAUACUUAAAGCUAACGUAUCACAGGAAACAUUAUCGCAAUUAUCAGCAACAAUGCAAACGGCUUCAGCAAAACCUCCGCCGAAUCCCAACACAAGCAACGGACCUAUCUCAUAAUUAGGAAACUAUUUAAAUUGUGACAUGCAAUUGUCGCUAGAUCGAAUUUUCGGAUAUACAACAACCACUCUUAUUAGGAUCGGAUGCUUAAUCAAGUAGAAUAUUAAGCGAACAUUGAUAUGACUAACUAAAGUGUAGCCAGAUGACUAAUAACUACUCCUUGUGUAUUGCGUAGUUGAUAUCCUAUUUUCGAGGAUUUCCUUUUAUUUCACAAAAGCAUGUCGUAUAUUACUACAAAACACACCAUCAAUUCGUCCAGUGUUAACGGAUGGAUGUUUGUUUGCAUGAGAAUGUGCGGAAUAAUUCACAAGUGGGCUUGGAAGCGACCAUAACUCAUAAUACAACACACAGAAGACAACAGGGCUUCGCUCCGUGCGAGUGAUUCACAUAACAUAUUCAAGUUUACGAGGAACAAAAGUGAAAUAUCCCCCGCAGGAUACCCAAAAUAAAAAAAAAUGUGAUAAUUUGCAAAUGUAACUAAAAUGAAAUUUAACGAGUAAUAUAUUUUUUUACAAGAUAAUUUUCUUAAACGGAGAAGCAUAAACAUAUGUAAUGAUUUACUGUAAAUAGAAAGCGCAUUAUUACAUACUGUAAAAACCGAGGAGGGAGGGGGCAGCGUUUGCAGACUGUGAAGAAGGCCCGACUGAAGUUGAAUGGGCGCAGUUCGACUCGGAGUCACGGGUUGACCCCGUCGGGAUCCUACUUGAUUCUGCAAAGCCGUUGCGAUUUCGGGAGGAAUAGGAAAUAUUGUUAUUCGCCACGCGCGACCAAUUAUGUAAAAUAUUUUAUUUAUUACUGUAGUAGCUUUACGCAGAAUUAUUUUUAUCAAGAACCAUUUUACAAGAUGUAAAAAUGAAAUACAUGAAGUACGCAUAGUGUAAAAACAGCUGACAGUUCAAAUGAUUAAACGCUGAACGAAUUCUCUAUAGAAAAAAAGAUAUGAAUAGAUCAUAUUUCAUAAUCCUAUAUAACUAUAUAGCAUGGUAAUAUUUAAUAUCUACACAUAACAACUAAUACUCUGACGUAUUAAGCACCGCCAACAGUUUCAUUACACUACUCGUCCUCAAUCAUUCGCAAGAUACAAGAACGCAGCCGUAUCUGAAUCAUUGGCAAACUGUGCGAGUAAUUUUUCAUUAAUUUUCCAUUACAUAAAUAAACAAAAAAGAAAAUUGUUAGUAGAUACCGAGUUCCAACAAUAGUUCUUAAGCAAGUAAUCUAAAUGGAAUUAUGCAAAUACAUAAACUCGAAGAGACAUAUAUAUGUAGUCGUACUGUCUUCAUUUCGUUUCUCUUCUUUUUUUUAUCGUUAAUUUAUCAAACUAUAGUAUAUAAAGCAGAGAUAAAGACGAAAGAUAAACCUAACAAGCAGAAUAAACACUUAAAGGUACGGUUAAGUGUGGAUUAAGUACACUAAUCUCCUUUCAUACACACACACACACAUACAUCGCUGUCCCUUGAAAGCGAAAUCAGAAAAAUUAACAAAACCACAUGGAAAAAAUAUUUAAAAAUAAAUUUAAAAGAUGAAAAACAACAAUUGUUACAUAAUUAAAUUGAAAUGAAUUGAAAGCCAAACCAUUGAAAAAGAUAAAGGCGCUAUUUAGCUUUGCAUUGACAACCAAUAUCUAGCACUAAACUUACUCUUCAAUCGUGGAUUUUAGAGUUAGACCGUAUUAAGUCCAUAUAAGUAUGAUGGUAAGCUUUUAGGACUGAAAUUGUUAUUGUGAUAUUUGUUUAUUUUUAGUGAAAUAAAAUGGAAAAUUUUCAAUUUCAUUUCGAAAUCCUAAAAAAACAAACAC